AUGACGGCAACAACAAAUGAUCAGAAGCCAGCAGCAGUCCAGGAAGAGGGCAAGCCACAGUCAAGCAGCAAGCCCACCACGGCGAAGCGCAACCUGGGAAAGCCGCAUGCAGCUAGAGAAGACUGCGGCUAUGCGCACGCCGGCACGAACUGGGACAUUGUCAAUGCCGACAGAGCUGGCGAGACUUUGACAACAGACGAAGAAACCAACAAGAAGAAGAGUUGGAAGGAUCGCCUGUUCAAGGGACCGGGACUAGGACUCUACCGAUGA